GCCAUUACCCUUGUGGGCUCUAACCCACUUCUCUCUCUCUAUAUAUAUAUGUCCUAAGAUAUUCCAAUAUACAUAUAAAUGAGAGAUGGCGAUGACAAAGAGUCUCCAAUACAUUGAGUAGUCUUGAUAUUGCUAGCAAAUUUGAGAGAGAUCAUAUCAUGGGUAAAGGGAGAGCGCCAUGUUGUGACAAGACUCAAGUGAAGAGAGGACCAUGGAGUCCUGCAGAGGACCUGAGGCUUAUAACUUUUAUUCAGAAACAUGGACACGAAAACUGGAGGGCUCUUCCUAAACAAGCUGGGUUGUUGAGAUGCGGAAAAAGUUGUCGAUUGAGAUGGAUUAAUUACCUGAGACCUGACGUUAAGCGUGGUAACUUCAGCAAAGAGGAAGAAGACACCAUCAUAAAGCUACAUCAAACUUUGGGAAACAAGUGGUCAAAGAUUGCAUCUCAUUUUCCAGGAAGAACAGACAAUGAGAUUAAGAAUGUGUGGAAUACCCACUUAAAGAAAAGAUUGACAUUAAAAGAUGAUGAUGAACGUCCUAAAGGAGAUGAAUCAAAGGAAUCCUCCUCAACCUCCUCUUCCUCGUCUACAUCUAGCACGAUCGUGUCAAGUGGAAAAAGAAAUUUGGAAAUGCAAAAGAAUCAAGGGUCCUCCACGAAGAAGACUCGUAUCUUAGAGAAUGUAAAGGAUUCAUCACCAAGGGAAGCAUCUAAUCAGCAUAGACCAACUAAGAAACCAAAGGAAUUAUCAAGUUCCUCUAUAUCUUCUAACAAUUCCAACAUCACCAACUCUAGUCAAAUUGAUGUUUCCAAGCCUGAAGAUGAUCAAAUAGGUUCGUUGUUGAACUUUAGAGGACUUUAUGACGUUCACAAUUCAUCAGAGGAGGUAAACAAACCAGAAGAAAUCACGGCCGAAAUCCCAUUGGAGUCAGAUUAUGAUUUUUGGAACAUGUUGGAUAGCUUAAGUUACUUGCAAUCUAAUGAAAUUCAAUUGGAAAACGUUGAAGCAUUCCAAAUCUCAAAAUUUGGAGAUGCAUAUAAUAUUGGGGAAGUGGAUCAAAAUAAGAAGUGGCUGCGUUACUUAGAAAAUGAACUCGGUCUAGAUGUAACCAAGGAUGAAAACCAGGAAAGUUCAUUGAAGAAUGCAGCCGAGACACUAGUCCCUGAGAAUUUUCAGUACAACAUGCCAUUGAAACCAGCCGAAGUCCUUCCAGGGACAAUUGAAAUUUUUCCUUUGUGGCCUUCUUUAUGAGUUUAGGAAAAAAAAAGAAAAAAAAGUCCGUUAUGAAACCCUAUAAUUAAGUUAAUUUAGGUCUUUUAAACCAGCAGUUUAUAGAGAUUAAGUGUGUGAAACUAUUGACUUCUCUUUCAAUACACAAGUAGUUGGUGUAACUUAUAUAUAUAUAUAUAAGUAGUUGGUAUUACUGAUCUCUA